GGCCCGGGGCGGCCCAGGCAGAACGCGAGAACACCACGCAGGCCCAGCCAUGCCCAGCACAUAUGCGGUGUCACGGCAUGGCUCCUCUCCCAGCACCGGGGCCUCCAGCCGCAUCCCAGCUGCAUCCCAGAGCUCGGGCUGCUAUGACAGUGACAGUCUGGAGCUGCCCCGGCCAGAAGAGGGGGCCCCUGAGGACAGUGGCCCCGGGGGUUUGGGCACAAGGGUCCAGGCUGCUAAUGGUGGCUCAGAGCGAGCCCAGCCCCCUCGCAGCUCAGGCCUGCGGCGCCAGGCCAUCCAGAAUUGGCAGCGCAGACCUCGCCGACACAGCACCGAGGGGGAAGAGGGUGACGUCUCGGACGUGGGCUCCCGGACCACGGAGUCAGAGGCCGAAGGCCCCUCAGAAGUCCCCCGCCCUGGGCCUUCUGCAGCUGGGCCAUUGAGCAGCUGCAGGCUCUCAGCCCGACCCGAGGGCGGCAGUGGGCGGGGUCGGCGAGCUGAGAGGGGCAGCCCCUCACGCUCCAAUGAGGUCAUCAGCCCGGAGAUCCUCAAGAUGCGAGCCGCCCUGUUCUGCAUCUUCACCUACCUGGACACACGCACACUGCUGCAUGCCGCCGAGGUCUGCCGGGACUGGCGCUUCGUGGCCCGCCACCCUGCCGUCUGGACACGGGUGCUGCUGGAGAAUGCCCGGGUCUGUUCCAAGUUCCUGGCAAUGCUGGCUCAGUGGUGCACCCAGGCCCACUCGCUGACCCUGCAGAACCUGAAGCCCCGACAGCGGGGCAAGAAGGAGAGCAAAGAGGAGUAUGCCCGGAGUACCCGGGGCUGCCUGGAAGCAGGGCUGGAGUCUCUGCUGAAGGCGGCAGGGGGGAAUCUGCUGAUCCUGCGCAUCUCCCACUGUCCCAACAUCCUCACCGACCGUUCGCUCUGGCUGGCCAGCUGCUACUGCCGCGCGCUGCAGGCCGUCACCUACAGAAGUGCCACAGACCCGGUGGGCCAUGAGGUCAUUUGGGCCCUGGGCGCAGGCUGCAGAGAGAUUGUCUCCCUCCAGGUGGCACCACUUCACCCCUGCCAGCAGCCCACGCGCUUCAGUAACCGCUGCCUACAGAUGAUUGGUCGCUGUUGGCCCCACCUCCGGGCCCUGGGGGUUGGCGGUGCCGGCUGUGGGGUGCAGGGCCUGGCAUCACUCGCGAGAAACUGCAUGCGGCUGCAGGUCCUGGAGCUGGACCACGUGUCGGAGAUCACCCAGGAGGUGGCGGCUGAGGUCUGCCGGGAAGGCCUGAAGGGACUGGAAAUGUUGGUGCUCACGGCCACCCCCGUCACCCCCAAGGCCCUGCUGCAUUUCAACAGCAUUUGCCGGAACCUCAAGUCCAUUGUGGUCCAGAUCGGGAUUGCUGACUAUUUCAAAGAGCCCAGCAGUCCUGAGGCCCAGAAGCUGUUUGAGGACAUGGUGACAAAACUCCAGGCCCUGCGACGGAGGCCCGGCUUCUCUAAGAUCCUGCACAUCAAGGUGGAAGGUGGCUGCUAACCCGAGUUGGGGGCUGCAGGGCCCCUGCCAGCCCCACACCAGGGCACCCUCUUUGGACCUCCAGAGGGCCCCUGAUUUGGAUUAGACCUUUGGAGGCCUAGUGUUAUCCCUGGCUUCCAGGGAGGCGUUGCCAGUCUUUUGUCCUUCUGCUGGGACUGUGGAGCAACAGGCCUGACCCUGAGCACUGCCUCUCCGGGGCAGGGGUUCGGACAGAAGCUGGCCCCGACUCCCACCCCACCCCUAGUUGGAGCAGCCCUCUGGGCACAGGCAGCGAAGAGCUGAGUCACCACCAGCACUUGGUGUCACUGCCCUGAGGGUCUGCAAUAACCGCCAGUGGCUCCUCGGCUGCUCGGGCUCCUGGGGCAGGCCUCCCCUUUCCGAGGCCCAGCCUCCGGGUCAGGAGCCUCUGCUAGGCGCCCAGCCAGAGCGGGCUCCACAAGGCAGCUCAGACUUGGCAAGGAGGGCUCUUCUCUUCGCCCUGCCCUGUCCCAGCCCUGCGUGGGGCACCGCCUUCCGCCGGGGCUCUGGGUCCACACGCUCCAGGGAAAACACAGACAGGCCUAGGGAUCUGGGAAUGUGGUUGGCCGAAGGUGGGAGGUGAAGGUGCAGGCAGGUAGUGGGAGGCGGGCUUGGAAGGGCAAAACAUUCAGGGUAUCGAGACCACCCCUCCCAAGGGGAGACAUUGCCAGGUAGAGAAAACUGAAGAGUUUUUAUUGCUGUAGAAAAGACAAGACCCCUGGCGGUCACCACUACCCCACGACACACCAGAACUAAAUUCAGAGCUAAAAGGUGCAUGUUUCUAUACCUUCCACCAACCCUGAGCCUCUGGAGGGGUGAGGUCCUAGCUCUGGGAAACGCUGUCAGCAGUGAGACGCAGUUCCUGCUUCUAAUCCAGGUGCUCGCUUAGGAGUCUGAUGGCCUUUGGGUCCCUAAGGCGAUGUGGGAGGGAGUCAGUGGGCUGCCCUGUGUGCUGGGGCCUGGAGGAGGCCAGGAGGAGGGUGGUUUGUUUUGCUUCUUUGUCUGGCUAGCUUGCUUGAAAAUGUGGCCUUGGUAGGGAGCCAGACCCAUGCGGCUGAGAACGAGGAGGAGCCUCCACAUUGGACUUGCCCCCCUCCUCAGUCUCUGCUG